AUGAGAAGCAUGAACCGCUGUCUCUACAUAUUCCUCUCGCCUCUCAAACCACCAACCAAAUCCAGUGUCUCUGCUGAGGCGAUCAAUGCCUCUCUUUACUAUCUCCAUGUCGCGACUCCCGAGGAUGAUACCCUACUCCAGGAAGUAGAGGAAGAGCGCCAGGAGGAGGCCCAAUUGCGGAAGGAGCGCCUCCAACAAGCGGGCGCUGGCGAUCCAGCACAACGCGAGUUCGCGCGUCUGAACAAUGUGCGCCGGAAACCAGUUGGAGGAGGGGACCCCAAUCCCGAGCCUUUGGUGGCACCACCUCCACAGGAUACCACUGCUCCUCCGUUCUUACCACCACGUCCAACCCCAAUACCGCAGGAUGAGUCUGCCCCUCCAGCCUUGCCCCCACGUCCAGUUCCUAUGCCGCAGGUUACUGCAGAGAAUGUAUCUUUCUCUGGGACGCCAGUCACCAAUAUACAGCCUCCUUUGAGCAAUAAUGUGUCUGGAAAGGCCCCGGUAGAAUCGGGCGAUCAAAGCACUGCCCCGCGGCGACCUUUGCCUCCCUUGCCGCCUGGAGAAGAGUCAUGGACCACUUCAGCAGGCGAGGAUCCAUCUAAGAGAACAUCGCGAUGGAGUGCGUUCGCCGAAAAUUUGCAAAACCGAGGAGAGAACUGGAGGGGAAAGUAUGAGGCUAAGUACGAGGCGCUAUCGGCUGGCCGUCACAGCCUUGACUCUCCUAGACCGCAAUUCCGGCCUCGUUCCUCGUAUGACCGUACCGGAUCACCAUUAGGGAGCCCCGGGCAAUCUCCCAAUCGGUAUAGAAACGCACAUAGCAACACUCCCAGCAAUAAUGGGUUUCAUAUCACGCUCAUCCGACGUGAUCCCACGUCGGGUACACAAUGGAAUGUGGCAACUAUUUCAACCCCACGAAUGGAUCGCAAUGCUGUUGAUAUCGAGAUCUCCACGCCGGGAUAUAACAGGUUUGCAGGCUCCAAUGAGAUGCCUUCACUAUCCAGCCUGGCAGCCAAUCUCCCGUUGGGAAUCGGACGCCUACCCAACUCUACCAUGCCCCAAUCCUUACCCAGCGAGCAACCAAAGGAGCAACCAACCGGCCCACGCAAAUUCCACCGCCAGCUCUGCGUAUCAAAGCCAUACGACGACUCCGUCGCCACAGAUUGCAGCAGCGGCCACGUCCCAGAUAAUCCAUCCUCAUCCUCCAAGCUCAAAAGCGGCUACUACGUCUUCACUUCUCCCUGGAAUGGCAUAUGUACCUUCACAAACAGCGUGAACGGCCGAAGCCUCAAAUGCAAACACAUGAUCCCAACACCCGGCGGUUUCGUCCCUCCCAAUGGCGAGUCAGAAGCACCCCCCCGCCCAAACCUGCACUCCCACGCUUAUCACGCAGCCCACAAACCCCAUCCAAACCACCUCUCCCCCUUCACCCAAAGCCAAAUCCAGUCUCUUCCCCGCCCCAACGACAAUCAGAACGAGAACGCCCUCGGCCCCGAUGGAGAACCUCUCCGCCCAUCAUCCUCCAGCAACAGCUACGCAUCUGCAAAGCGCAACUCCCUCUCCUACCUCCUAAACCCAAACACUUACGCCCGUCCGCGCGCGCACACCGGCCCAGGCGCACCCCCACCUCUUCCCGUCUCACCCCCCACAGACUCGCGCCAAAGCUUCCACCCCUCAACCCUCCUCCGCAGGACCUCUCUACGUGCGCAACGCUUUGCGCGUCAAAGCCAGUUAUACCCCGCUGCUCAGUCCCACUCCCACCGCAGUACGAGUAAUAGUAGCGGUGGGGAUGUGGAUUAUGACUCCGAUGAGGAUCGCUUGGAUCUUUCGCUUGCGAGGGAGCCUGCUGGUGGUGGGUUAAGGGGGAAGAGUGCGAAGCUAGGGAAGUUGGUUAUUGAGGACGAGGGGAUCAAAAUGCUUGAUUUGGUUGUUGCAGCUUGUAUGGCUGUUUGGUGGAGGGGCUAUUAUUACUGA